AUGAUGCACUAUUACAUCCAAAACUACUUGGAGUCUGCAGCAAAGGUCUGCAAAGAGAAUGGUCAGUUGGUUGUAGUGGUGACCUCGGCUCAAUGUCUCAACUGGAACCUCUACAAGUGCAAGCCGACGGUCAACGACGAAGACGUGACCCCACAAGUCCGCUGGUUUGAUGUUGGCCCCUUUGAGCGCCAUGGCUACCAGAGUCGCUUUGGCGAUGGCCGUGACCGCUACGUGGAACAGCCAGUCUUCCACAGGCCGGCCUGGAUGGUGGCGUCCGCAGCGGUGGGUGAAGAGUGCAAGCUUGCGUUGUAG